AGAAUCUGAAAGGACAGAAGCUUCAGCGGCAAACAAUGGAUGUCUCCGAAAACCCAGUAGUUCUGAUAACGGGUUGUAGCGAAGGAGGUAUUGGUCACGCCCUUGCUCGAGCUUUUGCUUCUCAGAAAUGCCAGGUCGUGGCUACCAGCAGGUCUCUAAGUGCUAUGAGAGACCUUCAGAACGAUGACCGAUUCUUUCUGCAAGAGCUGGAUGUUCAAUCCGAUGAAAACAUUCGGAAGGUUCUGACCGGCGUUCUCGAUAAGUUUGGUCGGAUAGAUGUCGUCGUUAAUAAUGCCGGAAUUCAAUGCGUUGGCCCUCUUGCUGAGAUUCCUUUAUCCUCUCUUCAAAGUACUUUCGAUACCAAUGUCUAUGGACCCAUAAGGUUGGUUCAAGCUGUUGUUCCUCACAUGGCUGCCAGGAGAAAGGGGAAGAUAGUGAAUGUUGGAAGUGUUGCUGCCUUGGCCCCUGGCCCAUGGUCAGGUGUCUACACGGCAUCUAAAGCUGCUCUUCAUGCUCUAACAGAUUCCUUGAGAUUGGAGCUCAGAACUUUCGGGAUUGAUGUUAUAAAUGUGCUCCCUGGUGCAAUCAAGUCCAAUAUAGGAAAUUCUGCAGUCACUAAUUACAACAAGAUGCCAGAGUGGAAGCUUUACAAACCAUUUAGUAAUGUCAUCCAAGCUAGAGCCAGCUUAUCACAAGGUCUCAAUGCUACCCCUGCAGAUGAGUUUGCAAACAAGACAGUUGCUGCUGUUCUGGAGAAGAAUCCACCAGCAUGGUUCUCUUAUGGCAAAUACUCCACCACUAUGGCCAUCCUCUAUCAUCUCCCGCUUUUUGUUAGAGAUUUCAUACUCAGGAGGACAAUGAAAUGUUGAAGCCUUACAUCCAUCUCUGGAUUCUUGAUUUACGUGGAUGCGGCCUCUGAUUAUGUAUUUCCUCCUGAUUACCCAAAUA